UCAUGACAUCACAGUCUUUUGGGAUGAUUGGCUGCCUCUGGCUGAGACACAGCUUAAAAGCUGACAUGCAGAAGCACACCAACAGAGAGAAAGAAUCCCAAGUUUUUUUUUUUUAUGUGUGGAACAUAAUUUAUAUUACUUUCAUUUUUUUAAGUUAGAAUCUUUGAACAAUUCAAGACAUCAAGGACAAAGAAAAGGUAUAAAUUUAAACUAACAACAAAAAAAAAACAAUGAAGCUAGCUUUGGUAGUGAUCUUCAUGCUGGGAACAGCAUACACUCUCCCGGUAUCACAGUCUAAUAGUAACGAGUCAGAGGAGAGCUCUGAAGAAGUCCAGGCCAGACCAAACAUAAACACAAAUGGCGCUAUGGGGCAAAAUAAACAGACUCAAGUACAAGCUGCACCUCAACAGAAUGCUAAUCUGGGAAGUGAUGAAAGUACAAGCUCAGCUGAGUCGCAGGAAAGUCAAACUGUAUCAAAUGAAGAGCCAGACAGUGAUGAUGACAAUGAGGGAGACGAUGACAGUGAUGAGAGUGAUUCAGAUGAUAGCGAUGAGUCCUCUGUAGUAGUAACAACAGCAUCAACAACCACUGAGUCUCCCAUUGAUUCCACCACAAUGUCAAUCAUUAUCAUCACUCCUGAAAUCCGUGGUGACAAUAUUCAGCAAAAAAAUGUGUUGUUCAAAGGUGUACCAAGAUCACUGACAAGCAAAAAGACGUACAAAACUCAACAUAAAGAAGAAAUGAAUCAAAUCGAUAAACAUGGAGAUAAUUUUGAAGAGUCAGUCAAAGGAAUCAUAGACACGCUGAAAAAGACAAAAAGUGUUGUUCAAAACAAAGCAGAGCCUAUCAAGGCCGCACAAGAAGGCAACCAAGAAAACAACAGCAGUUCACAAAGUGUCAGCGAGGAACAAAAUUCUGCUUCAGCCUCCUCAGAAAACAGCGCUCAGAGCAACAGUAGCCAGCAGAGCAGUGAACAGAAAAUGGCUGGUGCUGGCACUUCAGAAGACAACAGUAGUAACCAAACAUUUGAGAACGAGGAGAGCAGUUCAGAGUAUUAGGAGGUCAAUGGUGACAAUGAGACGGCUUUGGUCAUUUUUUUAAAUAAUCCCUUAAAAAUGUCGUCUUUAUAUGCCUAUUGUAGCACACAUGCCUCUUGGCCCUGUAACUGCAAAUAUUCAUAAAAAGGACCCAAGAGCGAGCUGUAACAGAAAGUAUAUUUUAUGAAUGGCACAGAAAUAAAGUACUGAUUAAAUACA